GGGUCCAGCCCCUCCCGUACCCAAUAGAGAGUUUGUUACGCACGCGCGCGAGGAGCCGCGGGGCACGCCGGGAGCAGAAGCACUGGAAUUAUAGAUUUUCUCUACCAAGUCUGGCUUUCUAUGUGUUCUGAGGAGCUGAACUCAGUUCUCACACUUGGACAGUAUUCUCUCCACAUGGCUGCCGAGGAAGCAACCGUCACAGUUCGCCUCAUCCGUUCAUUUGAGCAUCGAAAUUUCAAACCUGUAGUGUAUCAUAGAGUUAAUUUGGACCAAACUGUGAAGGAAUUUAUAAUAUUUCUAAAGCAAGAUGUCCCUUUGAGAACCAGCUUGCCACCGCCACUCAGAAAUUACAAAUAUGAUACACUAAAGAUUCUUCAUCAAGCUCACAAAGCAAAGACAAAUGAGCUUGUGUUGGGUUUGGAGGAUGACGACACACUCCUGCUGAAGGAAGACAGAACGCUGAAGGACUCAGGAAUAGCCAGUGAAACUGAAAUUGCAUUCUUCUGCGAAGAAGAUUAUAAGAGAUACAAAGCUAAUCCCACCUCAUCCUGGUGAAGGUGCCCGGGGGACACCUUUGCCUUUCUUUGUUCCACAAGUGAGUUUUUUAAAUUGUCAAAUAAAUCUUUAAAAAAAUUAA